UCCGGUCAGGGACAGACAACAGAAGAAGAGGAGGAGGAGGAGGAGGAGGCCAACUGAAUACGGACACGCUGGACCGACAACUGCCUAUCUACAGCAUCAUGCUGACUCUACGGCGCCCCCUCCUGGACAUCUGCUUGUACCUGCUGCUACCCGCUGGUGAGGGCAGGAUCCUGGGCUACAACAAUGGCUUUCACUACCAGGACAUAAGCAACGGAAACGGAAACGGAGAGAUCUAUUUCAACGGAGUUCGUCUCUUUGUGGAGUCACCCCAGUCCUCAGUGUCAGCCACCAGGGGCAGCAGUGUCACCCUUCCCUGUCACUACCACUAUGAGCCUGAACUGGCCACACCACGGAGGACCCGUGUCAAAUGGUCCUGGUUACCUGCCAACACCGUCACUACAACUGUUCCCCCUGAGGCCUUCACCAGGGAAACGGAGGUUAUGGUCGCCAUGGGCAACCGUCACCGCAGCUAUGGCAACUUCCAGGGCCGCGUGCGCCUGCGACGUUCUGCGCCUGGGGACAUGUCUCUAGUGAUCAAUGAGCUGCAACUCAAUGACACGGGCAGAUAUCGCUGUGAAGUGAUCGACGGUCUGGAAGAUGAGAGUGUGACGGUGGAGCUGGAGCUGCGGGGUGUGGUGUUCCCCUACUACUCUCAGAAAGGUCGCUACCGUUUUAACUUCUUUGGGGCCCACCAAGCGUGCCAGGAUCAGGAUGCCACUCUGGCUACAUUCGAGCAGCUCUUCACAGCGUGGGAGGAAGGGCUAGACUGGUGUAAUGCCGGCUGGUUGGCUGAUGGCACCGUGCAGUAUCCUAUUACAACCCCCCGUGACGGCUGUGGGGGGGCAGAUUUAGACCCCGGUUUGCGCAACUACGGUCAACGGCAUCGCCUCCUCCACCACUAUGAUGCUUUCUGCUUCUCGCCUUCUGUCAAAGGGACUGUGUACUUCUUAAAUCACCAAACCCAGCUCAACUUCACUGAAGCAGUCCGAGCUUGUGUGAAUGAUGGAGGUGAAAUUGCCAAAGUGGGCCAGAUGUACGCUGCAUGGAGGCUGAUGGGACUGGACCGGUGCGACGCGGGCUGGUUGGCUGAUGGAAGUGUCCGUUAUCCUAUCACAAAGGCGCGCGCUAACUGUGGUCCAUCAGAACCAGGCGUCCGUAGCUUUGGUUUCCUCCCACCCUAUCUGAAAUUUGGUGUCUACUGUUAUCGGUAGAUGAUCACAGUCAACACGAGACAGAAACAAACUAUUCAAGGGGUAAGCAUUAGCUGUAGCCUGGUGGACAAUUAGCAGUUAGACAGUUUAUGAGCUAUUUUAAAAAGUGACAUUGUCUGGUUUAAUCACACUCUACCUACAUAAGACCAGUGUCUCCUUACUGAACUUAACUACUAGUCAGCAACUGUUAAACUGAGCUCCUCUAGCAUGUGAUGCCACUUUUCUUGACAAAAUGUGAACAUGGUUAAUAUCUCAUUCCAAAACUCUGGACAUGAUUAUGCUGCUUUGAGAACUUUCACUCUCCUCUGAAGCUUUCCAGCUUAUUUUGGAAGCUGUCCAUAGGAAUUCACAGCAGUAUUACUGCGAAACAGACAUGUGACAGUUAGUUGUUUAAUGGGGUCGUUCAUCCGUUCAGACCAUCAGGUUUUUCUGCCUCAAGUUGCAAAAAAACAUUUCGAUAUGUUCCCGACAGUGUCAUGUUGAAAAAGUGUUAAAAAAACUUGUCUCAAAGUUGGAAUCGUUUACAUCAAGUUUUCAAAUUAUUUCACCUUAGGAGACAAACCCAUAUCUUAAAAACAGCACCAGACCAAAAGUACAUAAAAUGAUGUGGAAAGGUGUUACUAUUGAUAUAACUGUUGGCCAUACAGUGUAUAGUGUCCCACGUUCAUCCUGCAGAAUGAGACAUCACGCCAGGAUUUGUGCUUGGAUUCAGUUAUAUGAGCUGCAGACUUGUGCAGACAGGUUGUGUUUUUGUGUAUUUCUUUCCUUCAAUUCAUUAAUUGCUCUCCAAUGAUCUAAUCUGUAUUUAUUCAACAAUUUCCCUUUUCAGCCGUCUCUUCCAAACAGCAGCAAACAUUUAAGCAUUCAGUCACGGUAGCUUCAUACUGCAACCACAGACCUUUGUGCUUUUCCAAAGGGCACCAUGAUGGUGAGGGAGUGGAGAAAUGUUUCUCAUUAUUUCACUCUCAGAUUCCUCUCGGAGGUCCACAGAUUUUCAUCUCGUGAUUCUCUGCUCGCUGACUGUAGGUUGUUUCCCCCUGCUUCUGUCGUUUUGUUAAUGUGAAAUGUAUUACGUAUCCCACUCAAUAAAAUAUAAUGUGUCUCUUUUUUUUUUUUGUUUGCCCUGUUUUGGACAGAGCAAGAGUUUUGAGUGGUUCUCUGUAUUGUGAUGUUUAAACUACUUUAUCUACAUUCAUUGUGUUGCAUUACACUCGUGUACUUAUUUCUCGCUGUCUAUGCAUUUGUAAUUUUUUUCUACAAAUCAAUAAAAACACAUCAGUAAAUACA